UUGCAUGCAGCUUCUGCAGGUGUCAGUGUGACUGUAUUCGGUAGGAGGGACUUGAUGCUCCAACUUCUUAUUUUGCGUCUCUCUGCUCUCUAGCCAGUCGUCCUGGUCCUGUUGGGGAGACAGCGGCAUCUGCGGCGCUGCAUUCCGGGAACGCCAUGCACCUUUGGCUGAAAAUACGAAUGGAAGCUUAUAUAAUUAUUUCCUGUUUUUGAUUUUGAUUUUUUUUUUUUUUUUGCGUCUUGUCUUUCUUUCCACCCCCACCUUCUCAUUUUCCCUCUGACGCGCAAGGACACUACAGCAUCCAUCCGCGGUAGAGAGGCUCGCACAGAGCAUCCUCUGUGCAGACCAGGCAUCCUCCUCCUCCUUUCCUUCCUCCCACUCUCCUCCUCUUCUCUUUUCUCGUUCUUUUCGAGCCCAAAGGACAUCGGGACCCCCUUUCUGUACCCCCUCCCCCGCUUCACCCGGAGACAUGGAUCUAUGGUUUCAUUCGAUCCGGAUUUGCUGGUGGAGGGUUUUGUUUCUGAUGAGUAUUUUCCAGGACUAUCUGAGCUCCAUGCUGGACUGCCCGCCGACCUGCAGCUGCUCCCAAACAGAGAUCUAUUGCAAUAAGUCCGACAACGGCAGAUUUUUCCCUUUACUCGCCCUGCAAGACACGGGGACCAACGGGACCACCACUGAUAUAGCGGAGUUAUUCAAAAACAUCUCUUCUAUACACAUAGAGAACUGGACGGGAUUGGAGACUCUGAGGGACGUCGAUAUGGAGCUCUACACCGGACUACAGAGGCUAACCAUCAUGAAUUGUAGGCUGAAGGUGAUCCAGCCCCGAGCAUUUGCUCAGAACCCACACCUACGCUACAUAAACUUGUCAAAGAAUCCUCUCACCACUCUGUCAUGGCAGCUCUUCAAGCACCUCCAACUCUCCGAGCUACGUUUGGAUGGAGUGGUUUUCGACUGCGGCUGCGACAUCCGCUGGAUCCAGCUGUGGCAGCAGCGAGGAGAGGCGAUGCUUCACACGCAGGAGCUGUACUGCAGAGACGGCGCAUCCAAGAUACGACUGGGGAACAUGUACAUCGAGAAAUGCGACUUACCAGAGAUCAGCGUGAGCCACAGCAGCGUUCUGGUGAGGGAGGGCGACAACGUGACCGUGAGCUGCAACGGGACCGGAUUACCGCUGCCCGAAGUGGACUGGACCGUCGGCCAAUUGAAUUCCAUCAAUACACACAUGUCGAACGUUUACUGGCCGAACAUCCACUCCAUUGAUCUGAACCUUUUCAACAUCAGUCGAGACGACAACAACUUCCAGCUGAGCUGCAUCGCAGAGAGCGUGGUGGGGAUGACCAACUCCUCCAUCCAGCUGAAUGUGCAGUUUCCUCCAGUUAUCAUAGCACUGGCUGAGCCUCAGCAGCGGCUGGACACCUGCAUCGAAUUCACGGUCCGUGGGAACCCCCACCCCAAACUGCGCUGGUUCCACAAGCAUGAGGAGAUUCAACAGAACAAGUACAUUCGAACAGACAUGGACUUCUACCAGGACACUCUCGAGGGCUGUUUGAUUUUUCGGAAUCCGACUCAUCUCAACAAUGGCAACUACACCCUGGAAGCCACUAACCCUCUGGGGAGGGCCACCAAGACGGUUUAUGGUCACUUCCUGGUAGCACCUGAUGACAGUGACACAGAGGAACCAGGUCUACCAUCAGAUGGUGUUUCAGGCCAACAGGAUGAAGACACAUUUGGGGUCACCAUUGCUGUGGGCUUGGCCGGCUUCGCCUGCAUCCUUCUCCUCGUCCUUUUUGUUCUCAUCAACAAAUACGGCCGGCGCUCCAAAUUCGGUAUGAAAGGUCCAGUAGCUGUAAUCAGUGGAGAGGAAGACUCUGCCAGUCCUCUUCACCAUGUCAACCAUGGGAUUAUAACACCUUGUACACUGGAUGCAGGUCCUGAUGCGGUUGUCAUAGGGAUGACUCGCAUCCCUGUGGUGGAGAACCCUCAGUACUUCAGACAUGGACACAACUGCAACAAACCAACCACUCUUGUGCAGCAUAUAAAGAGGAGGGACAUCAUCCUGAAGAGGGAGCUGGGCGAAGGAGCCUUCGGAAAGGUAUUUUUGGCGGAGUGCUACAACCUGAGCCCCACCAAGGACAAGAUGCUGGUGGCUGUCAAGACACUGAAAGAUCCCAACCUGUCGGCCAGGAAGGACUUCCAGAGGGAGGCGGAGCUGCUGACCAACCUGCAGCACGACCACAUUGUUAAAUUCUACGGCGUGUGUGUAGACGGAGAUCCGCUCAUCAUGGUGUUCGAAUACAUGAAGCACGGCGACCUUAACAAAUUCCUGAGAGCUCAUGGCCCCGACUCCAUGAUCCUGGUUGAUGGUCAGCCACUGCAGUCCAAUGGAGAGCUCGGCCUUUCCCAGAUGCUGCACAUUGCCACUCAGAUUGCCUCCGGCAUGGUCUACCUAGCCUCCCAACACUUCGUGCACAGAGAUCUGGCAACCCGCAAUUGCCUGGUGGGGAACGGCCUCCUGGUUAAGAUUGGAGACUUCGGCAUGUCCAGGGACAUCUACAGCAGCGACUACUACAGGGUUGGAGGACACACCAUGCUCCCUAUCCGCUGGAUGCCCCCGGAGAGCAUCAUGUACAGGAAGUUCUCCACGGAAAGUGAUGUCUGGAGCUUUGGAGUCAUCCUGUGGGAGAUCUUUACCUAUGGGAAGCAGCCUUGGUUUCAGCUGGGUAACAAUGAGGUUAUUGAGUGCAUAACCCAGGGCCGGGUGCUGGAGAGGCCUCGGAUCUGUCCUAAGGAGGUGUACGACAUCAUGCUGGGCUGCUGGCAGAGGGAACCUCAGCAGCGGCUGAACAUUAAGGACAUUCAGAAGGUCCUGUUUGCCAUGGGAAAAGCCACGCCAGUUUACCUGGACAUCCUGGGCUAACAGCAUCCCCUGAUGACUGGCUUCCUCGCCAGACGGAAUGGUCAACAGACAUACAUGACAGGACAGCCCACAUGAAUCCAGGAAUAACCAAACCAACCUGCUCCACUGUCGAAAAACACCUGUUUUGUUUGGGAAGGACUUAAGUGCCUGCAACACUUUUGGAUAUAGUGGAUAAAACGUAUUAAAAAAAAAAACACACACACUUUUACAUUUUGUUUACUUGCAUAUAUGAUGUACAGGUUUGAAAAAAGAUUUUUUUUGGGGGGAAAAACUGCAAAAAUACACAAACGGAGAAAGAAGCGAGUUUGGGGGAUGGCAGUCAAAAGAUGGCCACAGCUUGACGAUAUAAAGAGAAUACAGCAGAGUUUAAAUCUAUCAAGGCUUUGGUUUAUUGAAUAUAUAUAUAUAUAUAUAGAAAUAUUACAUAUAUUUUCUAUUUAUUUCUUUUUGUCAAAAUGUUGAAGGGUCUGCCAUUUGUGUUGCCAAGGGCUUGGCCCUGUCCACCACCAACAGACUGGCAAGGACUGGAGAUGGAAGCCUUACUCUCUGAUUGACUGCCACCGCGCUUCAAAUGGCAACUGUGGUCGGAAAACAGCAGCGCCCCGUGGAGGGCCAACCCAAUCAGACAACCGACAAAUCUAUUUUAAUUUAAUAAUAAUGUACAUAUUGUAAAAUUCUAUGUGUCAGAAUUAUGUUAACUUAUUUUUUUCGGAUGUCACUUUGGUUCUUUUCCCGACUGUGAUCUGGGUGGCGACAGUACUGAGCUUUGGUCUGUGUUUUCAUCCUAAUCCAGUGGCGAUUUCUCAUGGGGAUCACCCAUGUCGGCACUGGUUGAGUGUUCUAAUGUGGUGAAAGCAAAUGACAUUGAAUGCUGACACUGAAUCACAGACUUUGUGGGAUGACUCAGAGCCAUGCUUUCAACAUGACACUAUCUGAAAAGGUGACGAAACCUCUUUUUAACUUUCCAGUUCAUUUGCUUUUUAUAGCAAGAAUGAGUUGACGAGUAAUAUCCCACAGCACACCCCUCAAUCACAAACAGGCGCUUUGUUAUUUUCAUGCUUUUUUUGGUGUGAAACUGUUAAAACAUUUUUGUAAGUGAGAGCAUACUCAAUCAUUUGUUAGUCCCAGGUGUGUUGCCUUUAUAUGUUAAAGGAGUAGUGUGAUGCUUGGGGAAUUAUGACUAUUUGCUUUCUUGCUGUAAGUUGUGAACUUUUCUCUUUGUAAGAUGCUACAGGCCAGGACACCACACUUGCUGCUUAGCAUGAAGACUGGAAACAGGAGAAGCACCUGCCCUCAAUCAGCAAAACUAGUUAGACCUCAUUAAGGAGCACAUUGCCAUUAAAACAAUUAAUAAACUGCUAAUUAAAAUUGUGAAUUUGGCUUUAAACAAUGUGAUUUUUUUUUUUUUGCAGAAGUGUAAUUUAAGAUAAAUUGGCUCCAGUUUGACUGAAUUUCUGCAGAAUUUCUCUACAGAAGUCUCAAGAUUUUAAGAUAAGAAUGUUUGUUUUUUACUACAUUUCCAGCUGUAUCCUAAAAAGUGAGUUACUUGCUGCAUAUAUGAUGGGAAAUAAACAGAUGGAUUAAUUGUUUAUGCAUCAAUUGGGUUGCAAUAGACUCACUUCAAACCGAAAGACUGCCACAAUUCACUGAUUCUGACAUUUUUAUGGCAAAAAUCCCCAAUCACAGUUACUUAAAAGUUGAUGACCUUUUUCACAUGCUAACUGUGAUGUUAAAUAGUUAGAACUGCUGAAAGAUUAUAUUAAAGAUGAAAAAUCUGUAAUUCAUAAACCAUUUUGCAUUAUAUUUAUAAGUAAAAAGCAAUUGUUGCUAUAAAAGAAUCAAUGUUUAAGAAUCAUAACUUUUGAACAGAAGCAGAAACUUCUGCCAGCUUUUUUCACAUUUACAUCUUUUUGAACUGCAUUCUUCUAUGUAUAACUGUUUUCAUACCAAAGAAAACAUUUUCUUUACUUUCUAUUUUUAUUUCCUUUUUAUUAGUGAAUUUAUGGUCUUAUAAAAUAACAUCUUGAACUGGGAGGUUUUAAUGCGGUUUUGCUGAGGUAAGUACAUUUUAUUUGUUGUUGGUUGGUAUGUUUGAGUCAUUUUUUUGGUUAUGGCAAAAAAGGGGGUUAAUAGCACAUUAUUCAAAGUCAUAACACAAUUUUAUGGAGAAAAACACUGGAAAAAGCCAUUUUAAUUUCUGUUUAGCUUGAAAAGCAAAAUCUUUCAUUAUGCUCUGAUAUUCUGAAGACGUUUAAAGAGCUAUUGACACAAAAAAGUUUCAAACUCUUCGAUAUGGAGUAGAAAGUUCCAAAAACAUGGGUUAAGAAUCUUUUUUUGUUUUUGCAAAAACUGAGCAAUUCACAUUGAAUCUGGGUUCACAGAUUCAAUGUGAUUUUCUCUGUGUAUUGUUAUGUAAUGUCAAUACCUUGUGAUUCCUUUAUUAUUUAUUUCAUCAUAGCUUCAAGACCCAGGGGCACACUACCAUAAAUAAAUAUGGUUGUAGAGUUUGUGAGACACUAAUGCGAAAAAAGUAUCAAAACAUAUAUUUUUUCAUAAUUUUAUGCUGUCCCACUGGUAGAGCUGUUAAACAGGAAGAUCUUAAAAUGAAGACGUCUCAUUAAAUCUGCAAAGUUGGCAAAACCCAGGCUUUGUCCAAAUUCCCUCCCUACUCGGCAACUGCUAAACUUUGAACUUUAGUGCCCUGUAUUUUAAAGGUAAUUCGGACAGCAUGAUCACGUUCAUUUUUUUGCUACUGUUUUGUUUUGUUAUUGUUUAAAUGAAAUAUAUGACCGGUCACUGGUUUCCCAAAUUAAAAACCUAAUAGCAAAGACGAUUUACAAAUCUUGUUCUGAUGAUAUAAAAAUUAGAUGGUUUAAAAAAAAUCAAUUACAGUCCUUUUUAUUGCAUGAAAAAAUGUUCAAACCCAAUGAAUUGUGGACUAUAUUUGCCAAUCUAGUGAGCAUCAAUGCACACUGGUUUUUCGCAGAGACUUCUGGGAGAUUUCUAGAGCACUGCAUUUUGGAAUUGGGGAUUCGACAACUAAAAAAUGGUAAAAACUAUCAAGUGCACUAAGUAGUGAAGGAAUUAGGAAACAACCCCAAUUUCUUGUCUUUGGCCUGAGCUAGUCUCUAUCCUUAGUAGAAAGAACAAUUGGCAUAAGCUCCUAACAGCGAGAAAGCAAAGAAGUUAAUUGCCAUAAAAUGUGGAACUAUAGAUAUGGAAAUAGCUGGUUGAUAUCAAGAUACUGUUUUUGCUUUUUGAAAAGAAAAGCUUCAAGAAUAUGUUUCUUUUCUUUUCUGCUUUUUUUUCCUCCAUGAGCUGUUCAUGAGAGAUGAAAAUGUUGCUCUUGUCUAUCACUUUGAUAAAAAAAAAUUCUUGUUCUUAAAAGACAUAAAUACUUGUUGAUUUGUGGCAGCAUAUUAUCUUUUCAUAAGAUAACAGGAAAAGAUUUGUACCAAAUGAAAGUGAAAAAAAAAGAACUGAACCCAAAAACCUAAAGUAUAUAUAAAAUUAUACAGACUUGAGAGAAGUAGCUUUUAAUGAAGCACUUACUUGGCAAAAAUGAGCUCCAAUUUCAUAUCCUAAAAGUUUCAUACUAAAUGACGAACCUCAGGCAACUGUUUUAUCUCAUGUUGUAUUUCAGUAUAGCGUGUUACAGGAUGGAAUUCUGAGCAUCUUCCUUCUUAUCUUUACAUGAAUUUUCACUGUAUCACAGUGUUGUCUCUGUUCCCUUUGGGACUAUGUAAAGCAUUAAAGAGCAUUCAGUUAUUUCAAGUCUUUUAUAUCAAGAGAAAGUUCAAAUCCAUUGAGUAACCUCAAGCUUUGAGUUCUUGUGUAAAGAUAAAUGCUUAAAGGCGUUGUGACACAGACAGUGAACAUUUGCAGGGUAUUGUAAUCCUUACAUAGUGAGUUGAAUAUUGUUUCAAUUUUUUGUUUCCUUUUCUUGGAUGAAUUUAACUAAACCUUUUGAAGCAAAGUUGGCAUAUGUACACAUGUUACAGAAUAUAAAAAAUGUGGUACAACAGCUGCGGUACAUAAAAUACUGCUAUUCCAUCAUAGAUCUUUGUAUUAAUGUGACUCUCUUAAGAAAAUGUCUUCAAACAAUCA